AUUUUGAAUUCCGUCGAAUUUCUCCAAUUCCCCACUCCACCGACCACCGCGGCCGCCCCCCAUGGAGCCGGAGCCGCGGCGCUGGGCGGCGACGUACACGACGCAGCUGAAGAAGAAGCGCAAGGCCUACCACGACGGGGCCCUCCUCCUCCACCCGGACUCCCGCCGCCUCGUCCUCCUCGACGACGCCGGCGUCACCAUCGACGCCAAGUUCCUCCGCGCCGGCGACUCCGUCUCCGCCGGCGCGGCCAUCGAGUUCCCGUGCCACCUCGUCGACGUCGGCGGCGAGGCCCAGCGCGGCCACUCCGGAAGGCCCUCCGAGCCCGCCGCCUCCAGAACCGCCUCCUACCGCGGCGGCGCCAGGCCGCGUCAGAGCGCGCCCGCUCCCCGCGCGUUCGUGAACCCACCGAAGAGCGGCGGCGGCGGCGGCAAGGCUGAAGCCGCGGGUUCUGGCGGUGCCAACUCCGCGGAUUCCGCGUGCCAAGAGUGGCAUGCGAUGUACACCGCCCAGAUGACUCAGAAGGCUAAGAAGUAUCACGACGGCUUCGUGAGGCUCAGGCCAAUGGGUUCACAUUCGAAGCAGGUCGUUUUGCUGGAUGAAGAUGGCGAAAUACUAGGCAGCAGGUACCUCAAGUCAGGGGAGUGUUUGGAAGCCGGGAAGAAAUGCACCUUCCCGAACUAUCUGAUUGAGAUCGGCGAGGCCAAAAACCUAAACAGAGGUGGAGAACGUAACUCUUCAGAGGAACCUACGGUGCAAUCAAGACCAACGGGAGUGGGAAAUGCAAACAACAAAGUGGGAACGGGCGCAACAGGUUCCCUGAAAUUCAUCAGUCCACAAAAGUUCCAUUAUCUUGAUGAGAGUCAAUCAGAAGUAACUUCUAGUUCUAACAAGCCGGAUCUUGGAAAGGGUAAAGUUGAAGCUGCUAGCAGCGAUGGGAGCCUUAUGGGUUCAACAGACUCAGCUUCCAAAGAAUGGCGCAUCUUAUACACAACCCAACUAACUCAAAAGGCAAAGAAGUAUCAUGAUGGUAGUCUAAAGCUCAUGCAAGUUGGUUCUCACGCAAAGCAGAUUGUUUUAUUAGAUGAAGAUGGUGUAGUGCUUGGCACCAGAUAUCUCAAGUCAGGUGAAUCUAUCGAAAGCAGGAAGAAAUGUCAGUUUCCUAAUUAUAUUAUUGAAGUUUUUGAUCUCAGAAAUCAAAAGAAUGAUGUAGAGCCUAAACACACUUCUGGGGAGGCUUUGGAUCACACAGGACUGAAGAAUGGAGAGAAUACAAGUGAAAAGAAGAGUGACAAAAGUAAAUCUCCAAAGUUUGUUAGUCCACUUUUCAACGAUAAUCAAAAGAGUAAAACAAAAGGCACUACUGGCUCUAACUGGCCACAGGUUGGAAAAUCAACACGUAGUGACAUGGGUGAUCCACAUAACUUUCAUGAUUUUCAGAGGGGUAAACCAAAUAGCACUGAUGGUUACAGAAGAACAGACCUGGCCAACUCAACAUAUAGUGGCAUCAAUGAUCCACAUAAAUUUAAUGAUUUUGCAGAUUUCCAGGGGAGUAAAUCAGAAUUUUCUACUAGCUACAGCCAACUAGAAGUUGGCAAAUCAACAUUUAGUGACCAGGGAAAAUCAACAUUUGGUGGCAUGGAUGAUCCACAUAAAUUUAAUGACUUUACAGAUAUCCAGAGGGGUAAGUCAGGAUUUGCUACUAGCUAUAACCGGCCAGAAGUUGGCAAAUCAGUUCUUAAUAUAUCAGAUGAACCACUAGAAUCUUGUGAUCUUCAAAAUGGUAUAUCACCGUGUCCCACUAGUUCUGUCGGGAGAGAGGUUGGAAUAUCAACAUUUGGCAGAACGGAUGAUUCUUUGCGGACUGGCAAGCAAUUAGGAUGAACAAUAUUUGUUGCAUGGCGAAUGCCAGUAUGCCACAGGGACAGAGUAUGCCACAUGGUCUUCUGAGCGGCAGAUUUACUGUUACUUCGCAUUACCCAAGGAUCAUGGAUAAGCACCUAAAAUAUGACAAUACAAUUGGUCGUUAUUACAAAAAAGAGCGUAAUGAUCAUCAUUUAUUGCAUCAAAUAGACAGUAUGUUACUGUUCUUAAAAAAAAUACAGCUGCAUUCUGUAAAGUUCUGUACAUAACACGGACUGCCAAGGUUAGUGUUGAACGAUAGUGUUUGUUAUUCAAGGCUAAUACUCAGCUAGGAUGGAUCCGAGUAACUCCAUACUAUGAACUUCAAAUUAGUUUGAUGCAAGUCUUUGCUGUUCAGGAUUCAGGAUGUUCGAUAGCAUGCACCUGAAGUGUUUGGUUACAUGCGUCGUGAAUCAACUGUUGUAGAGUUGUGAUAUAGUUCUUCCUUAUUUUCUUAAGUAACUGAUUUUAUUAAUUCUGGUUUAACUCACUGGCUAGGUAAAUAAUCAAUCUAGAUACAUGAUGUUAUAGACAUUACAAGACAUACUUAAUGCUAUUUUGACGCUUGUAUAGAAAUUUAGAGCAUUCGUGACUAGUUGUUUAUUCCUCCCUGAUGUGCAUUCUGCUCUACUUGUUCUUACUUACUACCAGAACACUAAUUGACAAUCAAUGUUCUGAGCAUCAUAAUUUUACAAAUACUUAAAUAGUCUCUGCACUAGUUAUUUACAAAGUAGAAUGCUUGUAGGAACUAUUUUUUUCCAAAGGUGUCUGCUUGUGAUCCUUGUGGCAUAUGACCAACUUUGGCUCACACAUCUACAAAGUGGAAUGCUCGUGGGAACUAUUUUUUCCCAAAGGUGUCCUGUCCUUGUGGCAUAUGACCAACUUGAAUGGCAGCGCAGCUACUUUUAUCAUGUACAUUCAUGUGCUUUUAUACUAACGACAACAAUGCAACUUGAU